AUGAGAGCGCCGUUGGACAAGAGGGCCGACCGAAUUCAGCGCGGGAGGAGGCUGGAGCGGGACUUCAUCGUGUUCGUGGCCUCCGUGGCGGUGAUAGCUGCCGGGACCAAGGGCAACAUCUUCGCCACUUCAGCGCUUCGCAGCAUGCGCUUCCUACAGAUCCUCCGUAUGGUCCGGAUGGAUCGCAGGGGAGGGACCUGGAAGCUGUUGGGGUCCGUGGUGUAUGCUCACAGUAAGGAGCUGAUCACAGCCUGGUACAUUGGAUUCUUAAUCCUCAUUUUCUCCUCGUUCCUUGUCUACCUGGCUGAGAAGGAGGAUAAUACAGAAUUUUCGACAUACGCAGACUCCCUCUGGUGGGGAACAGUUACACUAACGACGAUUGGUUACGGUGACAAAACGCCACACACGUGGCUGGGCCGGAUGCUGGCAGCGGGAUUUGCACUGUUAGGAGUCUCAUUCUUCGCUCUCCCAGCUGUAAGUAUUGACCCACCACUAUAAAAAGCUUCCACCAAAUGGAAGGCCGUUCGUUAAAAUAAAUUGGAUAUUAUCUUUCUGCUGUUAAAUCAUUUUGCUUUCUUAGUUU